AUGGACUCCGCAGACCAGCGAAUGGGUGGACUGAAGGCCGAAGUCUCUGGCCAGACAUCCACCUCAUGCGACGCUGCGCUCUCCACGCCAACGAGUGGGGGUGGCAUGGGUGUGGCCUGUCCAGAAGAGGAGUCCAGGAUGUUAGGUGUUCAAGCAGAGAACUUGGCUCACGAUUCCCUGGCGUCACUACAAAUGUUGUGUCGACGAAGAGCUCCUCUCUACCCAGACGCCAAGCAACAGGCUGUGCGAAGGGAGGAAGACGUAGCGUACAGGAGCUACCGGGCUGCGCUACACGGUGCUCUCUCUGACCACAGGCCUGGUGCCUUCGACGCAAGUGCGCGAGUGAAGGAUGAACCCUGGGACGCUCACGGUAAGUGUGAAACUAAAAGUAUCGUGGAGAAGACUAUUACGAACACAGGUAGAGAAUGGCUUGUAACCUGA